AUGUUUACAAUUAUCUACAUUACAGAAAAUAUUGAUGAUAGUACAACUAAUAUUCGAGAAAUUGAAAAAAUAUUAAAAGCCAAAAUAAAGAACCUUAGGGAGAAUCUAGUGAAAAAACGCAGAACAAUUGAACAAUAUGUGAGCUGUAAAACUAAACAUCAAGAAGCAGAAACUUUUCAUGGAUUUUUUAAAGAAAUAGAAGAAUCAUUGGCAUUCACGAUGCUUACAACAUAUGGUAAUUUUACAACUCUGCAGAAUUGCCUCAAAGAACAAAUAAAGAUAUCAGAAAAUAUUAAGGAACUAGAUGACUUGAUUGCUAAAAAAUACAUGAAUAUGAAGUCGUUUAAUAAUGGACUAUUUAUGUACGAAUUGGCUGCGAGAAAUGUUGAUGAAUUAAUACCUUUAGCAAAGAAAAUUGGUGGUAAUGCAAAUGAGAUUUUCUCUCUACUUUAUCUUAAUAAUCAAUUAUUUUGUGCUAUUUUAUGUUCAUCUCUAUGUCAAGUAUUGUAUUAUGAUAUUAUUCGAGAUUGACUUAUUGUAUUUAGACUUGUCUUAAGAAUACGACGAAUACAACAUAUUUAAUAGUUAUUAAAACAAUUGAUCAUGUCAGAUUCAAUAAAGUUACUGUUAGAUUAAUACUUGUAGUCAAUGAAUAUAUUUUAAGUUGGUUGACGGAUAAGAUGAAAGACAACAAAUCUUUCAGUUGUUAUAAACUUUAUAAUGACUGAUAUAUUAACUAUAUAUUCAAUGAUAUGUGAUACUCAAUAUCCAUUGGCCGGAUACCAUCAGC